AUGGGAAGUUCAAAGGUUAUUGGUGCUGCAUUCCUGGCUUUGCUCCUUGUAGAUUUAGCUUUUGCUGCUAGGUUAGGAAAGGGAGGUGGUGAGGGUGGGGGUGGGGGUGGGGGAGGCGGAGGUGGCGGCGGCUCUGGAUCAGGCAGUGGCUCUGGGUAUGGGUCAGGAUCUGGAUCAGGGCAUGGGUCUGGUGGUGGGAUAGGAAGUGGUGGAGGAGGUGGUGGUGGCAGCGGAGGUGGUGGAGGCGGUGGCAACGGAAGUGGGUCGGGAUAUGGGUCUGGAUCUGGAUAUGGAAGUGGGUCUGGAUAUGGAAGUGGAGGUGGUAGAGGUAGAGGUGGAGGAGGAGGUGGUGGCAGUGGAGGUGGUGGUGGCGGAGGUGGUGGUCAUGGAGGAGGGUCAGGAUAUGGAUCCGGGUCUGGGUCCGGAUACGGAAGUGGGAGUGGGGGUGGAAGUGGAGGUGGUAGAGGUGGAGGAGGAGGUGGUGGCAGUGGUGGUGGAGGAGGCGGAGGUGGAGGUGAAGGCAAUGGUUCGGGCUAUGGAAGUGGUUCUGGGUAUGGUUCAGGGUAUGGUAACGGUGGAGGAUGA